AUGCCCAGCAAAGACCUCCGCCUUCUCGCCCUCGACGGCGGCGGCAUCCGCGGCUUGUCGUCGCUCAUGAUCCUCGAGCAGCUUAUGCAGACCAUCGACCCGGACUCGCCGCCGAAGCCUUGCGAAUAUUUCGACAUGAUUGGGGGCACGAGCACCGGCGGGCUUAUUGCGAUCAUGCUUGGCCGGCUGCGCAUGGGCAUCAACGAGUGCAUCGACGCUUACCUUUCCCUGUCAGACAGGGUCUUUCGGAAGAAGAGGCACCGUGUAACAAUGAAGGGCCAGAUUCAAGGCAGAUUUGAUUCGGACGAGCUGGCGAGGGCCGUCAAAGAGAUCGUUAAAAGGCAGGGCCUGCAGGAGGACGCGCUGUUGAAAGACGCGCCGGAUGCAAGCUGUAAAGUCUUUGUGUGCGCAACAAGCAAAGAGACCAGCGAGACUGUCUGCCUCACCAGCUACAAAUCACCGCGUGGCGGGGACGAUCUUCUGAAUACCGCAAAGAUAUGGGAAGCCUGCCGCGCCACAUCAGCUGCGUCCUCGUUCUUCGAUCCCAUCUCGAUUGGGCGGUACGGCGAAGAAUUCAUCGACGGUGCUACAGGGGCCAACAACCCAGCUUUUGUACUUUGGAACCAAGCUCAGGACAUCUGGGGACCUGAGCCGCUUGAGAGGAACACUAAAUGUCUUGUGUCCAUCGGCACCGGGAUUCCGUCUCUGAAGCCCUUUCGGGACGACGUCUUCCAUAUCGGCGAGACGCUCAUCGCGAUUUCCACGGAGACGGAACAAACCGCAGAAAGGUUCCGCCGAGACAAGUCGCACCUGGAUACCAAUGGUCUGUAUUACCGGUUCAACGUAGUUCGUGGGCUGGAAGACGUCGGUCUGGAAGAGUCAAAGAAGAGGAAAGAGAUUGCUGCCGCCACUCGGCGCUAUGUCACAUCCCAAGACGUGUUCAAGCAAAUGCAGACAUGCGGAAACAACCUUUCGGGGAGAGAAUACUUCGGACACUAUCAAACGCCCUUCAGCUUGCACGGUGUACCCAUUGUGCACGAGUUUGUUGACCGACCGUCAGAUAUGGCUGAGAUCGAGCGAGCUCUUCUGCCUGGGAGACAUCAUCGCCGAAAAAAGAUCUUCAUCGUCCAUGGCCUUGGCGGUAUGGGCAAGACGCAGCUCGCAGUGAAGUUUGCCAGAAAGCAUCACCCGAGAUUCAGCUCUGUGUUCUGGCUCGAUGGACAAACUGAGAACAGUCUGAAGCAAAGUAUUGCUAAUUCUGCAAGCAGGGUUCCGGAAGGCCAGAUAGCGGAGGCAAGUCGAUCAUACUCGACGAGCGGCGACGGCGAUAUUAACGCAGUUGUCAAAAACGUGUUGGGGUGGCUGACCAAUCCGGACAACACUGAGUGGCUAUUGAUCUUCGACAAUGUCGACCGAGACCAUCAACAGCGCGAUGCUGAUCCUAAUGCAUACGAUGUCACACACUACUUCCCUGGAGCCGAUCAUGGGUCAAUUCUGGUCACAACCCGUCUUGCCUACCUGGAACAGCUUGGUGCAUCGCGGGGGCUGAAAACCGUUGACGUGCAUCAAGCACACGCCAUAUUCCAGAGUCGGUACGGAAGAAGUGUUGAUCAGGCGAAGAGCGAAGAGCUGUUGAGCCUACUCGACGGCCUGCCGCUAGCACUUGCACAGGCCGCUUCGUACCUGCGAGAGACCGGUAUUGACUUUGCAACAUACAUCAAGUUCUACAAGCAACAGUGGAAAGACCUCAUGGAAUCACGAGGCCAUGCCGGUACGCCACUUCACGACUACCCCAACCGCAGCGUCUGGACCACGUGGACUAUCUCCUUCAAUUCAAUCCGGACGAAAAAUGAGGCCGCCGUAAACUUACUACUGCUUUGGGCUCACCUUGACAACAAAGAUCUAUGGCACGGUCUUUUUGCGGGUGCAUGGCAGAGAAUAACUGAUUUCGCAGAUGAAGAUUCUGCAGAGUAUGUGCCAAAAUGGCUCCGAUGCAUGGCGAGCAACGAACUCAAAUUCAUCGAGUCUAUCCAGCUAUUGCGCAACUACUCCCUGAUCGAGGACAUGGAAGGCCUACCCAGCUAUGCCACUCAUCCUGUCGUCCAUAGGUGGGCAUUGUACUCGCAAGAUGAAGACACACGAGUAAUUCUAGCUCGACUGGCGGUGAUCGUCGUAGGGUGGGCCCUGCCAAACACUGUCACCAAGGAGUACCCGGCUAUGCAGCGUCGACUCUCCACUCACGCUCAGUGGUGCUUGCAAUGGAUUCCAAUGAGCGUAACAAACAGAAGCGACCGGAGGGGCGAUACGUGUAGCCUGAUGAGAGUGGAAGUGAAGCAUGCGGGAUUGAUAUUGAAUGCACUCAACGAACUUGGUAUUCUUUCCUGGUAUCAGGGCAAGCUGGUCGAGGGCGAAAACAUUUUGCAAUACGCAUUACAAGAAAGCGAGCUAGCAUUCUGCCCAGAGUAUGAACUCACAAUAAGGAUAGUUGACACUCUGGGUAUAGUCUAUGCAGAACAGGGCAAACUAGCCGAGGCCGAAUUAAUGCAUCAGCGCGCACUACAAGGAAGGGAGAAGGCUCUCGGUCCAGAGCAUAGAGACACGCUUGGCACGGUUAGUAACCUGGGAGUGCUCUAUAAGGAUCAAGGUAAACUCGCUGAGGCCGAGCUGAUGUUGCAGCGCGCACUGCAAGGAAGGGAGAAGGCUCUCGGUCUAGAGCAUAGAGACACGCUUAGCACGGUUAAUAACCUGGGAGUGCUCUAUGAGGAUCAAGGUAAACUCGCUGAGGCCGAGCUGAUGUAUGAGCGCGCCCUACAAGGAAAGGAGAAGGGUCUCGGUCUAGAGCAGAGGGACACGCUUAGAACCGUUCAUAACCUAGGAUUACUCUAUCAUAAUCAGGGUAAACUCGCUGAGGCCGAGCUAAUGUACCAGCGCGCACUGCAAGGAUACGAAAAGACACUCGGUUCGGGAGAUGUUGGAACUCACAAGCAGGCGCUGGAUGCCAUAUACAAUUUGGGCGAUCUCUACGAGCGUCAGGGCAAGCUGGCAGAGGCAAAGGAGAUGUUUACACGAGCUUUGGUCGGGUAUCAAACCGUUUUUGAGCUGUCCCAUCCUAAGUGUCAACACGCUAGCUGGCGCAUUGAAUCUCUAGGGGAAAAUCAAGGUACAAUGAAUACAUUCCGCUUCUGCCGUUGA